CACAUCGAAAUCAAAUUAUUUUACCGUUAGUUACCGGCUGUUAGUCUCCGUCACACUCCGUUAACUCCGUCAGUAUUUCGAUGACAUGACAAGCAAAAAUGCUGACUAGACCGUUAACUUAAUGAUAUGUCAAUUUUAAAAAAUUAAAAUAAAUAAUUUACAACUCAUCUCUUACCCGGCGAUACGAAGUCUACCAUCACAUCACAUCCCCUUUCGAUCGCUAGUUCCGGUCCUUCCAUUCCAUUCCCCGUCGUCGGAAUCCAGCCUCUUCGUCACCUGAAAUCCCGAGAUACCAUCCAAGUAAUUCGAAACCCCCAAAUUCCUAGCUCCGAUUUCGCCACAGAGCUGUGCAGCAGAGGUAAGGCCGCGCCGAGAGAGGGAAAGCCGUCACAGUUCGCCGCCGCUGAAUCAACAUGGGUAUUUCCAGGGACUCUCUUCACAAGAGGCGCGCCACUGGUGGCAAGAAGAAGGUCUGGAGGAAGAAGCGAAAGUAUGAGCUUGGACGUCAGCCAGCAAACACCAAGCUCUCGAGCAACAAAACUGUUCGGAGGGUGCGUGUUAGAGGAGGCAAUGUGAAGUGGAGGGCUUUGAGGUUGGACACUGGAAAUUUCUCCUGGGGUAGCGAGGCUGUUACCCGCAAGACUCGUAUUCUUGAUGUGGUCUACAAUGCCUCAAACAAUGAGCUUGUUAGGACACAGACACUGGUGAAGAGUGCCAUUAUUCAAGUCGAUGCAGCUCCGUUUAAGCAGUGGUACCUUCAGCACUACGGUGUCGACAUUGGCAGGAAGAAGAAGACAGUCGCUAAGAAGGAAGCUACUGAGGAAGGAGAUGCUGCUAUAGCUGCUGCUCCUGAAGAAGCUAAGAAGAGUAGCCAUGUCCAGAGGAAGAUUGAGAAUCGCCAGAAAGAUCGCAAACUGGAUGCCCACAUCGAGGAGCAAUUUAGUGGUGGUAGAUUGUUGGCAUGCAUAUCUUCUCGACCUGGUCAAUGCGGUAGAGCAGAUGGCUACAUAUUGGAAGGCAAGGAACUUGAGUUUUACAUGAAGAAACUCCAGAGGAAGAAGGGCAAGGGUGCUGCUACUGCUUAAAAGUCAAUCUCCUUCAAGUUAAACCUAUGUGUUUGGACACCUAGCAUUUUGUCUUUCGGACGCUGAGUAGUGGAAGUGAUGAAUUGUUUUUACUAGCUAGUGGAACAAUUGUUUGUUUGGUCAUCCGAAAUUGUGUUGAGCACUGCAGAGAUUUUGCCCGCUGUUUGUGAUUUAGAAUUUUGUCUCAAUUCAUUGCCUUUUCUGCUUACGCCCAGUCCAGUUUUGUUGCGGUUCGAAACAUCUAUUCAUAUGUGCCUCAUAGAAACUUGGAAUUAAAAUCAGAUACUGUUUACGCUCCAUUCAAUGGAAAGUUUAGGGAUUGUAGAGUUGUUAAUAAGAUUGCAAAUGAGUCUAGUCGAAUUAUGCUGAAUUUGAACUGGACUUGUUAUUUAAAAGCCG